GGACAUAAAUGCUAAACUGUGGUUCUUGCCAGGCCUGAUAAGGAAAACCAGUGAAUACAGGAGUCUCAUUAAGAAAAUCCUAAAAUUUUAGUCUUAUCGCUGCUGCAACAUAAUACAGUAAGUAUGUUCAUUCCAACCUCCCUCAGCCCCCCUGCCUCCUGAAAUCCCUCUCAGCGAAGGCUGCAGAAUGAACUGCCCUGCCCGUUACAACCUCAAGUCCUAUCUGACUAGGACUUGUCCCCUUGCCUCGCGUGAUGGAGUGAGUCUCCAAUUUGAGUGGACAGGGCUUUGCCCUCUCACACUUCCGGCUGCCUGUGCAGUAAUCAGUUCAACGAACAUUGUCAAAAUCCCUACUGUGUGCAGGGUGCAUAGUGAGAGCUGUGAGAGUGUAGCUGAGUCCAUCUCCUUGCGAGAGCCAAUGAGCUGAGCGGGGAGCCCUGAUGUGUGGGCCAAGCUGCCGGCUGACCUCUUCCCCAGCAAAGACCCAUUUCAACAGGCUUCUCGUCCAAGUGAUUAUUUGCUCUUUGUACCGCUUGGACUUGGCAACGAUUCUGCAAUUCCUAUUAGCAAAGAGGGAACAGGAACCUUGAAGUCAGUACUCAUGUCAUGAAGAGACGAUUCGCAGAGGAAGGCUUGCCUGGGAGUUUGCCUGGACACUCUGUAAUGAUAAUGAACUUUUUUACUAGCACUCUUCCAAAUUCCUUCCCCAGCUGGCAUUUCUUUUCUUCCCGGUGACACUUCCGUGAGGUAGGUAGACUUGCCCCGAGUCUUUGCAUUUCACAGAGAAGGAGGCACAUGCCAGAGAGGGGAGGUGUCUUGUGACCUGCUCCUCAUCCCAUGUGCUAUGCGAGGGAGUGGCAGCGCCCCCUCAAACCAAGUGCCCAGCUCCUCAUCUGCGUCUCUUUCCACUCCACCGAGCCCCAGGCCAGCUGGGAGGGCAGAUGACACCACAGUGGCACAGGCGCCAGCCAGGUCCUCCUGGGCUUCCUGCAGAAGCUGAUGCUCAGAGGGGCCGAGGAAGCAGGAGAGGCUGCGCCGCCCUAGAUGCGUAAGAGGUGCCGCGGGGCACGGCGGGGCCGCAGCUGCCGAGUCACGGUGAUAGACGUUCGCGGCUCACAGGUCCGGCCUCUGUUUCCACGUGAGGAGCAACCGCGGCCCACCGAGAUGUCCCGGCACCACAGCCGCUUCGAAAGAGAUUACAGGGUGGGCUGGGACCGCCGCGAGUGGAGUGCCAACGGCACGCAUGGGACCACCAGCAUCUGCAGUGCCACCACCGGGGCGUGUGGCGGCACAGCCAGCAGCCUCAGCGCCCGGCCCGGCCUCCUGCCGCUACCCGGGGUGCCCUCCCGGCUGCCCACACCCGCCACGGCCCCCGCGCCCUGCACCACCGGCAGCAGCGAGGCCAUCCCCAGCCUCGUGGCCAGCUCUGCCUCUGCCGUCACCUCCAAGCCGUCUCCACUGGGACAGCCAGACCAAGUACAAGUGACAUGGAAACUCGGAAGGAGGCAGCGCACUUGCGGCUGGGCUAUUAACAGGGCGGCCCGGGCAUGGCAUGGCAGAGGUGAGGCCCCGCGCCAGUGGGGUGGCCCUGGAGCUGUGGGCCUUGCGGGGUUACUCUGGAAUCCCACCCACCCACCCACCGCCCUCAGCUCGGCUCUACUCUGCUCUGCUGCAGACAGAGAUGAGGAACGCGGCAGUGGCGACCCAGUUCACUUGAAGCGGGAGCCCAGGUCUGAGCAGCCUUGGUGCAGGACUCCAGUGAAGAACUCCUAAAACCCCGCCUGGACACAGCUCAAGGGUCAGCAGACAGAAGGCACAUUUGAGACCUACAGGGAAACAAGCUUUUCUUUUUUGCUUCAGAGGAAAAUUUGACUUAAGGAAAGCAGGGCCAGCCCAGCAGCCAUCUGGAUGCUACACAGCCCAGAAGCCAAAUCCAGUACUCUGAUUUCCCAGAGAAGUUCUCAGAGGAGUCUUCCCAAAUAUUGGGGCUUGAUGAACUUUAAAAUGGGUGCUAGUGACGGCAGUUCAGGACAGAUGAGGCUGCCAUGUACAGCUGCACAAGCUGUGGACUGAACAACUGUGGACUUCCGUUCUGGGUCCUGCCAUAUUGUGAUAACCUGCAAGGGAGCACAGCUGGCGUUCUGGAAUAGCUCAGGUGGCUGUUUUGAAGGAGGCUGCUAGAAUACCAAGAAAUGGAGCAGCUAGCAGAGCCAGAAGGCCCAGUGUUCAAACCUCUCACUUUGCAAACAAAACUAGAGGCCUGGGGAGGAAAGGGACUUGACCAAGGUGGCACAGCAUCUAUGGCAGAGCUAACUGUAUGGCUGGGCCUCCUGGCCCCCAGGCCCCUCCUGCUCCUUGUCACUGUUUCUGUUUGAUUCCUCUUAUAAUUUACCUUCCUUGGUACCAGUGAAGGAUGCAGCCUUGAAGGAAGAUCACAUUCGGGAGUUUUCUGCCUUCCCAAGCAGCGUUCUAAAUUUUCUCCAAGGCCCUAGGCUGGGCUGGCCCUUCUGCCUUCUCUGUUCAGUCUUUGGCCCAUAUGUUUUGUCCAUUUCACGCUCCCCCUCCAGCUCUCCCCAGAUUGUUUCCUGUAGGUUUUGGGUUUUAUUUUUUGCAUCUGCCACCGCCAAAAUAUGUGGGUUGAUGUUCAAGAUCUUAAAACUCAGGGAGCCUUUGGAGCAAUAAAUUCCAUCCAACUCCAGGCAUCCUGCCCAAGCUCAGCAUUCCUCUCCAGACUUAUGUGAGGCCCAAGGGUGGCCAAGAGCAUGCUAAGAACCCACCCACAGGGAGGCCACUUUCCAUCCCUACACUGCAGGGGGGCAUCUGAAGGCCAGGCUGCCUGGAAAGAGGGUCCCAAGUAGCCCUUCUAGGACCUGACGCCUUCAAUUCCCAGACCCGGAGCUAGGCUAGGAGGGUACAACCGUGAGUUAGCAGCAAAUCAAGGCGUCCUGGAUUCAGUGGUGUUGGGAGUGAGGCCAACCAGUGGAGACUAACUUAUUCAUUCACUCACUAAUAAACAAAUAUUUAUUUAGCACCUAUUGUGUGCCUAAUCAAAACAAACCUCCCUGCCCUCAUGGAGCUUACAUGCUAAUGGAUGGAGACAGAUCAUCAAAUGAAUAAGUAAAUGUCAGAUGGUGAAAAGUGCUCCAGAGAAAUAAAACAGAGAAAUAAGUCAGAGAGUGCCAGGGUGGAGAGGGAGGUAUGCUGCCGUUUUAAAAAUUCUGUUUAGGUGACCUUUGAGCAAAGACCUGAAGAAGGUGGGCGGGGAGCCACGGCGGGGGGGUGGGGCAAG